UUAAAGGAGACGAGAGCUGAGCUUAUGUUCUUCGCUUCACUCUCGUCUCCUUCGUUUCAACCACAAACGUCCCCUCUGCAACGACGUCGUUUUUCUUCUUCUUCUUCUUCUCCGGUUAAGUUCCCGCUUUCAGUAAAACGCGUUUUCUGCAAAUUCAGCUAGGGUUUCACUCGAGCCGCGAUCUCCAUCCCUAGCUCGCCGAGUUUUCUCCUCUUCGGGUUCUUAUCUCCGCCGCGUCUGAAUUCGCUGUUCCCCUGAAUAGAAGAAAGGACUUCGAAUUUCGCUGCUUUCAGUUAGUAGCUGGUAAUUGAUUUGGGUCUUUGGUUCCAUUUUGAAGUUAACCUCUGUGGUGGAAGCUGUGUAGUAAUUACCUACACCAGUUGUAUAUCAGUGUGUUUCUUGUUGUUGUUAGAGUUAAUAAAAAAAGGGGGAUUUGAAUUUCUCGCACUUAUUGAGUUUGUUUGUUUCUUUAAUUUUCGGUGUCUUGUCUUCCCCCUUUUGUACUAGGGUUCCAAGUAGCAGAGAGCACGGUAUUGAUUUUUUUUUAGUUUGUUUCAUUAAUUUAAUUACUGUGUAACUUUCAACAGUAAUCCUGAACUGCACUUGGCCGUUGGGUUUUGUUGGGGAGCUGCGGUUUUUGGUUGAUUGAAUAAUUGAACAUGGUGAUAUCGAAGAGUAGGCUGUCUGGGGGUUAUUUUGGGAAUGCACUAGAUACUGCUGGUGAAUCUGAGGGUUCUGGUAGCUCGGGAAGAAUAGAUACCGAAAUUACAGUUUCGGAGGAUUCGAGUAUCCCCACGAGGAAAUGUAUUAGUUUGAAUUCGAGUCGCCAUGAUGCGUUUGGUGCUCCCGUGCAAGUUGUUCCCUUGUCGAAUAUGCCACUUUCUCAGAGAAAAGAUCUGGUGCAAAGGUUGAGGUCUGAGCUUGAGCAGAUUCGGCUGCUUCAGAAGAAAAUCGAACAGCAGAGGACGAAUGGUGUUGCAUUGUCGUCCUCCAGUGAUAUUCUCAGCUGUAGUAAUGGGAAUAAUGGGCAUCGAGUGGAAAGGGAUAAAAAGCCAUCAAUGUCCAGUUCUGCACCGGGGAAUAAAGUGAAGCCGUCGGGUAAUAAGAAUCAGAAGUCUCGUGGAUGGAACCGGGGUUCUUCUGGGAAGUUUGAGUCUGCAGUGCAGUCUGCUUCACCGUCCACUGCGAAUGCUAUGUUGAUGAAAGAUUGUGAGUUGCUGUUGAAACGGUUGAUGAGUCACCAGUAUGCUUGGGUUUUCAAGACCCCUGUGGAUGUGGUGAAGUUGAAUCUUCCGGAUUAUUUCACUAUUAUUAAGCGUCCAAUGGAUUUGGGAACAGUAAAAAGCAAGUUAGCUGCUGGAGAAUAUGCUGGUCCACUGGAAUUUGCUGAUGAUGUUAAGCUUACAUUUUCAAAUGCAAUGAACUAUAAUCCGUCUGGGAAUGAUGUCCAUCUCAUGGCUGAUACCCUCAAUAAAUAUUUUGAGUUGAGAUGGAAAGCAAUUGAGAAGAAACUGCCAAAAAGUGAUGUUCUGCCAAUACCUGCAAAGCCAGACAAUAGUGAAGGUGUAAAAACUAAAAGACAAGCGCCUCCUUCAAAAAAGAGGAAAAUUGCCUCAUUACCCCCUCAACCUAAAGUUAUGCCACCUACAAAGAAGGUUAUGUCGGAUCAAGAGAAGCAUGAUCUAGGUCGAGAAUUGGAGUCUCUUCUGGGAGAAAUGCCUAUGCAUAUCAUUGAUUUCUUAAAAGAACAUAGUUCAAAUGGUAGAGAAUGUGGAGAUGACGAGAUUGAGAUCGAUAUUGAUGAUCUCAGUGAUGAUACCCUGUUCACAUUACGAAAGCUUUUGGAUGACUUUUUGCAAGAGAAGCAAAAGAACAAAGCAAAAGUUGAAGCAUGUGAAGUAGAGGUGUUGAAUGAUUCUGGACCAAGCAAUUCCUCAUUGCAACCAUUUAAAGGUAAUGAUCCAGCGGAUGAAGAGGUGGACAUUGGUGGAAAUGAGCCCCCUGUGUCAAGCUAUUCUCAUGUGGAGAUUGAAAAGGAUACAACUUACAGAGUGAACAAAAGCCUAAGCCCAGGCAGCUCAAAUGAUACAGACUCUGAUAGUUCUUCUGAUAGCGAAGCCGAUGAUGUUAAAGCAAGUCCAGCAAAUGUAGCAAAGGCACCAGAAAAUCUGGGUUCUGAAGCUCAGUUGGAUGAAAUGACCAUGGCUGCUGCUACUCUUGAAAGAAAUCAAUCUGUUAGUGGCUUAGAUCAACUUGAGGAUAACUCUCAGCAUAAGCCAAGUUCUUUUGAUUCUGAUUGCCAACAAGAUGGGGACAGUGCUCCAACUGAGAGACAGGUCUCACCCGAUAAACUUUAUCGAGCUGCUGUAUUGAAGAAACGAUUUCUUGAUACCAUCUUGAAAGCUCGAGAAAAGACACUCACACAGGGUGAAAAGGGGGAUCCUGAGAAAUUGCGCCAGGAAAGGGAGAAACUGGAGAUGGAGCAAAAGAAAGAAAAGGCAAGGCUACAAGCAGAAGCAAAGGCAGCUGAAGAUGCUCGAAAGCGGGCAGAAGAAGAAGCUGCUGCAGAAGCCAGACGAAAAAGGGAGCUUGAGAGAGAAGCUGCACGGCAAGCAUUGCUCCAGAUGGAAAAGACUGUUGAAAUCAAUGAGAAUUCUCGGAUUCUCGAAGAUUUGGAAAUGCUUAGAGCUGUACCUGCUGAGCAAUUGCCAAGUUCUGUAGAUGAGACGAGUCCUGCACACUCUCAGGAUGGUCUGGGUAGUUUCAAGUUUGGGAGUAGUAACCCCUUGGAACAACUAGGAUUAUAUAUCAAAGCCGACGAUGAAGAGGAGGAAGGAGAGCCACCUUGUAUUCCAAAUCCUGUAAAUGAUGUAGAAGAGGGUGAGAUUGAUUAAAAGUUAUGCACAUAUUGUAUGAUAAAUUGAGGAUCGAAGUAUACUUAAUCUUGAUCCCAAAAAAGUUCCCAAAUUAAUGCAUUAACAUAAGUGGGACGAAGCAUAUUUUCUUAUGGAAGCAUUCAGCUUCUAGAAGGGUAAUAUAUUCAGUUUUGGGCUGUGAUGGCAAUAGAGGAACAGUUUGAACAGAAACUAAGCUAUGUUUGGGGCUGUUUGCAAUGAAAAUAGAAGUAAUACAUCAACCUUCUUGUUUUUAUAAAUACUGGCUGGUGGCUAGAGGCUAAAGCAUCGCGUCCCUUCGUAGUUCGUAUAGGUUAUGUUGUACAAAAAAAAUAGAAUCUGGGAACAUACAUUGUUGUAGCUCCAUCUUUAGAUACUUCGUACUUGUAUUUGCGUCUGGCUAUUCCUUUAUUAACUUAGAAUUUUGGUUACAAUUUUAAAGGCUGUUUCAUCUUCAGACAUUGAAACGUUUUGGUAUAUAGCAUAGUUAAGGAAACUUAAUUGUUCC